GAGAGAGGAAGAUAGAUGAAACAGCUGUCUAUUUUUCUCUGUGGUUUUCACAUGUAAUAUACCAACUAGACUAACCAGCAGCUGCACUGCAGAGCCUCUGUGUGAUCUCUCAGAAUGGGUGCCUACACUGAAUAUCCAAUUUACGGGGACUACAUGUACAGUGAGAACAGUUCUUACAGUGAUAUUGAGUUUAAUAUCACAGUAGACUGUCCCAACUCACACCUCCAGGGCUCGGAGAUCUUCCUCCCUGUGGUCUAUUACAUCAUCUUUUUCACUGGUUUUUUGGGCAACCUCUUUGUUAUCUCAGUCGUGGGACGCAAAGGAAGAAGAGGUGGGCGGCUGGUGGAUACGUUUGUUGUCAACCUGGCCUUGGCCGACCUCAUCUUCGUCCUCACCCUGCCUCUGUGGUCCCACUCUGCGAGCCAGAACGGCAAAUGGAUAUUUGGGAACGAGCUGUGCAAGCUGAGCAGCUACAUCAUUGCUGUGAACCGCUUCUCCAACAUCUUCUUCCUCACUUGCAUGAGUGUCGACCGCUACCUGGCCGUGGUGAAGCUGAUGGAUUCCAGAUACCUGAGGAGCAGCCGGUGCAUCCGUGCCACUUGUGCUGCAGUGUGGUUCUUCUCCCUGGUGCUCGGCAUCCCAUCCCUGGUGUUCAGAAGAGUGGACGAGUCCGAUGAGAUGCCCUGCUGCGUGGAAGAUAGCAGCUCAACUUUUUUUCUGGGCCUGAGCUUGGUCAUGGCGUUACUCACCUUUGUGUUUCCAGUGUUGAUCAUCGUGCUCUGCUAUGGCACUAUCAUCAUGCAUCUCAACAAGCACUGUGUGGCUGCUGCAAAUCCCCGAGCUGCAGCUCGCCACAGACACUCCCUAAAGAUGGUCCUGUCCAUCAUAGUGGCCUUUGUGGUGUCCUGGCUCCCCUACAACGUCUUCAAAGUCAUCAUGAUUUGCUCGCAGCUCUCACAUGCAAAACUGAGCUGUGAAGCUUUGUCGUGGCUAACAAACGGGCUCAGCGUCUCUUGCUGCCUGGCCUUCCUCAACAGCUGCGUGAAUCCAGCCAUUUACUUUUUCCUGGACCAUCACUUCAGACGAAGCGCCGAGAUCAUGUACAUGACCUGCGCAGGAAAGCCAAAGCUGCUCCACAGCUACAACUCCUCCGCUUCAUUCACCAACGCGGGCACCUCCGAGAGCUUUGCAACCACUGGUGGGAGAAGUCAGCUGCAGAUGUCUGAGUAAACACAGCUCUUAUCGUUUAUUUUGAAGUUUGUAAAGUUAUUGUUCUGUUAUCUUUUAAGGUCUAUCUGCUGUGUUCGUUUUCAUAAUGUGAGGCUUUGUUCAUAUUUCUCUCAAGGGAUGUUAGUAGGCAUUAUCAGGACAGUGCUGUGUAGUUUUGUUUUGUUCCAAUGAAACAUGAUUUCUUUUUUCGUAUA